CUGAAGGGCUGGUUAAUGAAGACACCCUCAAACCAUUGUUAAGGGAGCCUGAAGUCAAGGCACAAAUUGUAACCUUGGAUCAGAACUUUAUUGCCAGCAAUGAACCGCACCACCUGGUGGAGCUGCAGGUAAGUGAUGCCAUUCUGAAAGAUUUUAAUGAUCAGAACAGAAGGAGCUAUAUGGAGACAGCCACUUAUACCAAGAUGCACAGUGACAGCCCCUGAUUUCUUGCAGUUCCUCCCCAUCACCCACAACUUUGCAGGGAGAGUCUGGAAUCCAGAUGUGUCAUUCAGGCAUCUCUUCUUGAACCAUGUCAAUGACUGGACUCCAAAGGGAAUUGCAUGGUCAAUGGUUGAACAUGCCCCUAUAUCACGGCAUUGUGGAUCUAUUCUUCCCAUUGGCUGCAGAAGCAUCUUUAGGGAAAUACACCAUCAAUAUGCCUGGCCUCAAGAACACCUUCAGUGUAGAGGAAUAUGUGCUGCCCAAAUUCAGUGUGUCAAUUCGGAUGCCCCCUGUGAUCACCAUCUUGGAGGAGAAAUUCCAUUUGCAAGUCGGCGGCAUGUACACGUAUGGGAAGCCAGUCCAGGGCAAAGUGCAGGCCAUGGUGUGCCACAAGCCAAUAUGCUAUAGUUGAAGUGUCCUCAAAACAAACCAGGAUAUUUGUCGGGAACAUUCUGGCCAGAUGAAAGGGGAGGGCUGCCUCGCUGUGAUGUCGGACACUAAGGUCUAUAACCUGACUCUCUUCAGAAGAGUUACCAGUUCAGGCUAGAUGCUGUGGCUUCCCUGGAAGAAAGUGGAACAGGUAUAAGGAUUCCAGACUUGGAGGAAGGGCUCUGAUUCUUCACUGAUGGUCUCUUCACCUAAUGUUUUUCCUCACCCUGCAUA